UGCAGUACUGUAAUCACAAGUGUUUAUGAGUGUGCUACAUUUGCAGUGAAGUUGAAACUGAAAAAAACUUGAUUUUUUAUAUGUGCUCUUAACACAAUACCAUGGCAGGGCGAAAGUUCUUAAGUUUUUUCACAGAUAAAUCAUGGUCCCCGUUCUCAUCUGACAACAGUGAGCAGCCUACAAGACGCAGAUUAUCAGUGUCAAGAUCAGGGCGGUUUAAAGAACAGAAAAAGAGAAGACCAGCUUUGGAAGAAGCGACUUUCAACCCUGAAGAAAAAACAGAAAGUGUAGAAGCAGCCAAACAAGAAGCUAAUGUUUUACCUAGUGAUUGGGAAUCAGUUGUUGAAGAUAUAGCAAAUAUAGCUUCUGAAUAUGAUUCAAAAAAUGAAGAGUUAGAACGUAGGCAGGAAACACUGAAAAGAAUACGUAGUCAGAUACAGUGUGAGCAGAAAGGUGCAUCAACUUAAUGAACCUCUCUGCAAUGCUUGCCUUAAAGUAAGACAAUACUCUGAAAGUGGAUCUAAGCAAUGAGAUAUGGUACAUCAUGUCUGUACUUAUAUUUCAUGGCUGUGUUGUCAUUGGUCUGGUGUCAAGAUUUCCAUGGCAACUGUCACAAGAAGUAUAUUGACAUAUGUAGCAGUGUUCAUUGGAUUCACAGGGCUAAGUCACAGCUCCUUUUAAUUUUGUGCAAGAGAAAACUGUAAAUUCAGUGUAUCAGUGAAUGAAGUGGAGUUGUUAUAAUAUUUUUGUUUGUGAGCAUAAACAGAAAAAGUAAAUUUUUCACACAAGAUAUUUUUUAAAAAUCUGUGUUACAGUGUCCUAUGGAGAUAUUUGUUAGACAGGAGUUUUCAUGUUGCAAACAUUUCUGAAAUUUUUGCAUACAAUUAUAUUGUAUUUACAUCAUGUGUGCAUAAUUAAU